AACAAAAGAAACUUAAUUGAUUUAAUAGAUUAAAAUAUGUUAAAAAUGAUAUAUGUCUCUUCUUUAUGAUUUGUAAAUGUGACAACUUUUACAUCACACCAAGUAUCGUUCCUUCUAAUUUUGUUGUUGUUGUUGUUAAUGGCACUUAUAAAUAAUGUCAGUUUGUUUAAAGCAUAUAAAAUUCUGUGAGAUACAUUGUUUUAAACAUAGAUCACCAACAAUAGUUACACAUAAAUUCACUUUUAAAAAGACUUUACAUAAGUCAUCUUGUGGAUUAAAAUAUAUUGACAAGCGAACACCAUCAUCAUCAUCAUCAUCAUCAUCGUCUUCUUCAACAGGUGGUUGGUGUUUCGUAAGAAGUUUUGGGGAAUUUCCUAAGAAAAAGCAUGAUGGAUUAUCAUCCAAUGACACAGAAACCAUGUCAUCUAACAGAAAAGGUAAUGGCCGAUUAACUUUAUUAAGUGGAUCGAAAAAUCGGCGUAUAAGUGGUCGCCAUCAUAGUGUACAGUACAAUAAAGAAAAUGAACAAUCUACUAAAAAUGAUCAAAAUUGUUUGGAUCCAAAUAAAGUUGGCAAAGAGAAUUUGAAUAUUGGUUUACGACGCAAUACUGUCUGUAGUACUACUGGUGCUUUUAAAUCGAUUAGAACACGUGGUUUGAUGGAGUUGAGAAAGUCUAACAAAAAUAAUAAUGUUGAACAAACGAAGAAACUAAAGUCGGGUAGUAAAAUGUUUUUGAGAAAUUCGUUAUUAAUUUAUUACUCGUAACAUAAUUUUUGUUCUUUUAUUUAUGCUAUUUAUGUGAAGUUAUCUAGCUUUUGGAGAUGAUUUAUAUCAGUGCAUAAUACAAACUGGAUGACAGCCCCUUGGAAAUAGAUAAUAUCAGAGAUUAUUUAUAUCGGGACUCAGUAGUAAUGGACCAGUCAGACUCAAAGCAGAAUCAGAAUUUCAGAUUAUAUAAUAAUUGUGUUUUUUGGUCAUUCAAUUAUCAGGGUUUUGUGAUUUUAGUCAAUCUUUCAUAUGGCACAAGUAUUGUCGGUGAAUAUACCUAGUUGUUGUCAACUCAGUCUCAGCCUACAGACCAGUCGUUCUACAAAAAAAUGAAUGAAAUUUAUUUCGUAACAAGUGACAAAUUAUAUGCGAUCUUAUUUUUACUCAGCUGCACCAUCGAUAUGUAUCAUACAAGGUACUGAAAUUAGAUCAUUGGUCAGGGAUCCUGUUUUUGAUUUAUUCGAUAUAAAAUCAAUUGCAAGAUUUGAAUCACGAGCUGAUAUUAUUUUGGCCAUCACUAAAUACCGGGGAGCACUGGAUGGCUGUUCCAUCCUAGAAUGGGACUACUCAAUGGUGCGCAUCCACGGCCUCAUCAUAAGGGGUCAAAACUAUGACUUACAAUUUCGAGGGCGAACGCUCAACCUCUAGACUGAUCUAGCUAAGAAUACUUCAUAGUUCAAAGCAUGAAGAUUCUAAGAUUCUCACAAACACCUUUGUACUUGUUAUUACAUGAUUGUCCCAAUAUUUCACCUAGUUAUAAUGAUUAUUUAAUUGACUUCUAAUUAACUGAUCGUUGUGGUUCGAGUUCAGGAGUACAUGGUUGAAUAAAUUAAUAGAAUGGGUUAGAGGAAUUAUCAAAUAGUGAUGAUAGUUUCUAAAGUUGUAAAAGGUCUUCUUUUAUAAAAUACACUACUUUUCUUUUCAGUCUAGAUGAAAAUGAAACCGAUUAAUUUACUUGUAUGUAUUAUUCAUCAUACAUACAGGAGAUUGUAAAGAUGAAAUAGAUUUUCUGUUGUGUAUCAUGAUUAGGGACACUUGAACACAAAUAUUUUUUAUUAGAUAUUAUUCUAUGAUAAAUGCUGUUCGUGUAUUAUGAGUCGUUCUCAUUCUUCAUUUCGUUCACAUUAUUCUUUAGAAAAAUCCAAAUCUAUAGACGAUUCAGUAGUAGGAUUGAUACAUUUUCGAAAGCUUACUCUAGAUGAUAAUAAUCUACAUAAAAUAACAGAUUGGAAUCAAAUUCAGAUUAAAAGUGAAGAAUGUGUUUUCCAACGUCAAUCAUAUGAUCAAAUAGUUGAUGAACAAUUUACAGGAAUAAGUACUAGUCAGGAAAGUGAUUUGUACAUAUGCAAAAAGGAUAGAAGAUUGAUUAAAUGGUCUGUUUUAGAAAGCACCAAAAUGAUGACAGCGUUAUUCUUUGAUGAAUUACCAAUAAUUUUUGAAAAAGAGAUUAACAAUGGAAUAACAGGAAAUGAAAUUCUUUCUGAAUGCUAUCGUGAUAAUAAUAACAAUAGUUCCAACGAGAAAGUAAAACCAUACUAUAGUCAUCGUUCAGUGAUUUCACUGCCGCGAUCUGCAGCCGAUGAACAACAUUUGGGGGAAUUUCACUUAAACCAUGAACGCAUUUUUCGUUACUUAUUCAUCCAAGAUUUGAAAGCGGCUUCGUAUUAUCAGGCGAAUUUCUUGGAACGACAUGGUUUGACAGAAACUGUAAGAGCAACUCUUUGCGAUUGGAUGAUAAGAGUACAACAAUAUUUAAAGUUGCGCACAGAAUCAUUGCAUCUAGCUGUCAGUUUAGUUGAUCAGUAUACCUGGAGACAAAUAACUUUAUAUCCGUCAGAAUACCAGCUACUUGGUGUUACAGCAAUAUUUAUUGCUGUAAAAUUCGUUGAACGCUUUCCUCCAGCAACUAAAAUUUUGUGUUAUUUAACUGAGGAUUCGUAUAAUUCUAAACAGGUACUAGAUUUUGAAUUUAAAAUGUUAGAAGCAUUGGAUUUUGAUAUCAAUAUACCCUUACCGCAUCACUUUUUAGAUCGUGCAUUUGCAGCUUGUAAUGAUCUAACUCUAACUGGCAAGGCAAAGAUAGAAUUAGUUUGUCGUUAUCUAUUCGAAUUGAACUUAACUGAACUAUCAACUGCAGGUACUUUAGCUAGUGUAAAAUGCGCAGCUGGCGUUUACUUGGCACGUGAACUUAUACGAUUAGAGUACGAAAAUGGAAAAAGCGAAACAGAUGAUAUUCGGAUUGAAAAUAAUGGCAGUUUGGGUUUAUCAGUAACAUUUGAAACAUGGCCAAAAGCACUUGGCCUAAGUAUGGGACAUGAGGAUGUUACCAAUCUAUUGCCAAUGGUACUUACAUAUGUGCAAAAUAUUGUACGAACUUUACCAAUCUCCAAUAUAAACAACAGAAAUUACGAGGCUGCUUUUCAUAAAUUCAGUAAUCGAAGCUAUGGCCGAAUAGCUCAAUCUAGUUUGCUUUUGGACGCUGAUUAUGAUUUUAUUGUACAAGAUAUCAGAAGAAAAAUGGCAUCCAAUUCAAAGCGGACAAAUAUAGACUGUCCUGAAGAAGGUCCGAACGUACAGCAAACAACUUUAAGAAUGAACAUGUGAUAAUUACAGUUAGUCCCCCUAUUAUCCAGAUAGGAAGAUUCAAGAUCAAAAUAUUCAGCUCGAUCGAUUACACUUGGACAAAGAUGCCAAGGAGAAAAAUAUCUUUCUUAAUAGUUAAAUUAACAUUUGCUUCUCCCACCUGUUUAUUCAUCCAACGUUCUACAAUACACAUUGUUGCUUUUCUCUGAAAAAUUACUUUACUGCAUAAAAUUGUAAUAACUUCGAUUCGUCGAAUUCGUUAUUUUCAUCAACUACCUACCUUCUUUUUUUCUUUUUACUGAGUGGCAUAAUAUAUAUUUUUUAUCAUUUAGUGUGUAUAUUCUUGUUGAAUAGAACUGAUUUGUUUAUUCACUGUAAAAAGAUGUUAACGAUCC